AUGCAGGCUCGACCAGGUGACGGCCCGGGAGGAGUUGGUGCGUGUUUCGUCGGUGGGCUUCUGGCCAUGCCCGUGCCGUCAUCCCGGGUGUCGUACCGUUACAGUGGUCAACGGCCCCGUCCUUCUGAGCAGACGUGCAACACCACUCAGACCGACAGUGCGGCGGAGGAGGAGGAGGAGGAGGACGAGGAGGAGGGGGAGGAGGGGGAGGGGGAGGAGGAGGACGAGGAGGGUAGCGGUGACGAUAGUGAGCCGGGGUGGACACCCGAGACUCAUGGCGGUGGUGGUGCAGACGGGGGAGGAGAUGCGGAUGAGGAGAUGGAAGGGUUGGAGCCAGAGGGGGUAGAGGAGGGGGUUGGUGAGGGAGGAGGAGGGGUUGCCGCGGCUACCGCAGAGGAGGCAUCUCAGCACGUGGGUGGAGGACGGCCGCGCGGAGGUGUUAAGGUUGGGCGAAAGAGGCCGUUGAUUGGGACCAGGAAGAAGAAAGCCGAGAAGGCGAGGACACGGGCGUAUCCUUGCACCUUCAGAGGGGUGGAUCUGGGCGAGGGUGUGGUUGCUCCAGAGUUCCUCGACGAUGAGGGACAGCCCGAGAGUAGCCAGGGGAGUGGCAAGGGGGGGCGGAAGAAGCGGGGGUGGCAAGUACAGAUGUUUGGGCCCAAGGGGACAGAUGACAAGCGGCAAUGCAAGAUUUGUACCGAUCGCAUUUCUCGGCGGGGAUCUACAACCACCCCAGGCGAGCGCCACUUUGAGAGCUUCCACACUGCUCACAUGGAUGUGUGGUAUCAUCGAUACCACAACCCACAUCUGCAGCUGCCGGGCGAGACGUUCCCGAAGGGGGGCUACGUGGGAGUGCCGGACGGCUACGUAUACUAUUGGCCGCAUGCAGAAAAGUGGCCAAACAUCCCAAGGAAGGGUGGGAGGGCGGAGGGGCGAGAGGCUGAGGGGUCUGGCGUCGUUGGGAUCAAGAGCUACAUGUCGAAGAAGCUGUCAGAGGUGGAGCUUCGUCAGGCGAUCGCCAAACUGGUGGUGACCUGCGACCUACCUUUCAAGAUUGUGGAGGCUGAGGCGUUUCGCGAGCUUCUGACCCUGUGCAACCAACACUGCGGGGACAAGAACUUCAUACCGUCGCGAUGGACGGUGGCACGCGACACUGUGGCGUUUGCGGCGGCCGCUCUGUCGGCGGCCAAGGCGGAGCUGCAGGGGAAGGAGGGGGAGUUGGGGUGCAAGGUGUCAAUGACCAUUGACAUCUGGUCUGCACCCAAUGGGAAGGCGUGGCUAGUAGUGACGGGUCACUGGAUAGACGAGUCUAUCCAGCUGCGCGAUGCGGUGCUCGAGUUUCGCGAACUGACUGGUCGUCAUGGAGCAGUGCAGAUCGCGCAGGUCGUGGAGGACACGGUGGUGAAGUGGGGGUUGGAGAGGCGUUGUAUGGGCCUCACCUCAGACAACGCCUCGGCCAACAUUGCCGCGUUUCGGAGGCUGUCGGAGGAGGGUGGUGGUCGACGCUUCUUCAACACCCGCCUGCACUUCAGGUGCAUAUCACAUGUGGUCAACCUGGCAGUGCAGGCAGGAUUGAAGGUCGAUGCCGUUCGCCUCCUGCUGAAGGUGCUCAGGGACAUGGCGUCGUGGGUUGGGUUCUCGCCACAGCGUUCGGCAGCCUUCCUUGGACUGCAGCGCAGCUUGAACAUGCAGGCCCGUGUAAAAAAACCAGCCUUGAAGCUGGUGCAGGACAGCCCCACUCGCUGGGGCUCGACGCACGCCAUGAUCGACCGCUACCUUGAGCUGCAGAAUCCGAUCACAGUGUUUCUGGCCUCGACUCAGGCAUGCGUGUGGCAUGUGUGUGGCAUGUGUGUGGCAUGUGUGAGGCAUGUGUGUGGCAUGUCCGAGGGGACGGCGUACCCGACGCUCUCGAUGGUGGUGCCGUACUACAACGGCCUCAUCGACGCUAUGGAGGCCCGACUGGCAAAGGGACCCUCUGCGCUGAUGAAGCCGCUGGUCGAGAAGGCGCUGCGAAUCCUGAAGAAGUAUGAGUACAUCAGCAGCAACGAGGGCUGGAUCGCCACCUUCCUGGAUCCUUCCAUGAAGGUGGCGUGGUUCGACGACCCCCACUGGGAGACGCAGCAUCCACAGACGGCGCGGAGGGAGAGGCCGCGCCCGCCGUCGAGCGUGGUGAUCGCGUUGGUACGCGAUCGGGUGGCCGAGUACCAGGCAGCGGCGAGGGAGCUGGCUCCUAGGCCCACCACACUUCCCACGGUGGUCGAGGAGGAGGAGGGAGAGCAGGGGGGGGAGGACGAGGACGACCUCUAUCUCCCUAGUCGCCGACGCCUUGCGGCGCGUCUGUCUGCGAGCCAGGCGGCAGGGGGGGGUGGUCUUGUGCAGGACGACGAGGUCAGCAGGUACUUGUCGGAGAGGGUGCGGUACGACGUCUCUGCGCUAGACUACUGGCGCACUUCCACGAACAUGGAGACGCUGAAGCGGAUGGCGAGGGACUAUCUCGCCAUCCCUGCCACGUCUGCUGCGAGCGAGCGGGUGUUCUCAUUGGGCCGCAACCUCAUUUCGUGGAAGCGUCACCGCCUGAACACCGAGAGGUCACGAGCCAGCAUGAUUCUCCGCUCCUGGUAUGGAUCGCACCCUGGACAGAGGAUCGGCGAGGACCGCCGCCCGAAGGGGGCCGCAGCACUAGAGAUUGCUAUUGAGGGCGAGGGUGCGGAGGAGGAGGAGGAGGAGGAGGAGGAGGAGGAGGAGGAGGAGGAGGAGGAGGAGGAGGAGGAGGAGCAGGAGGAGGAGGAGGAGGAGGAGGAGUUGGGGGAUGAGGUGGAGGUGGAGAAGGCGCCUGAGGUGGAAGUGGCGGAGGAGGCGGGGGAGGGGAGAGGGGUGGACGCAGCAGCGGGUGGAGGAGAGGGUGUUGUUGGUAGCGAGGGUGGGUCAGGGAUGUAG